UGUACAAAGGUGUAUUCAACUCGAAGCCCGUGACAAUGUAUGUUCUCUUGGCUCUAAAUACCGCGCUGGUUUUUUACAUGGUGAAAGAUCAUUGCAUAACUGCUACAAGUUGUCCAAAGGAUGUUUUCAAAGUAAAGGCUACUCUCAAACCUGGCUGGAAGUACGAGAUCCAAAGUCCUGGUUUUCCAAACAUUUACCAGCCCAACCAAACUUGUAUUUGGAAAGUAUUUUUCCCUGAAUCUAUGGGGAAUCUGCGCAGUAGGUAUAGGAUGAUGUUGGUGUUCAACGCCUUGGAAAUAGAGCCGUGUACAAGCUGUGCUUGUGAUUGGUUGGCCUAUACUUACAGCAAAAGUUAUUUACCAACAUCCUCUUAUAAAAAAUGCGGAUUGUAUUCCAAAAAYGCCAUUGACGCUCUAAAGGAAACCCGAUCAAGCAAAAUUCGCAUCGAUUCAUAUAACAAGGAAUUGUGGCUACAAUUUCRWUCAGAUAGUUCUUCCGAAUUCAAAGGUUUCAAAGGAACAAUAACGGUAGUGAAUACAAGAGGACCCAGUUCUUGUUUGMRUUCCAACAWCAUCAUCAACGAAACAAGCGGAAUCAUUUCCAGCCCCAAGUACCCAUUAAAAUACWUGCCAAACCUGUUUAUGAMGUGGUGCCUCGUUGUUCCCAAAGGAUAUCGAGUCAAACUCACCUUUAAGGCUUUUGAUCUGGAGAAUACUCGUACCAGUGAUAACGACUGCAGCAAGGACUACGUGGAAAUAAGAGAUGGGAAGCUUGCGCGGUUCGGUGAGUUGCUUGGUCGGUUCUGUGGUAAUACCAUUCCAGGCGAAAUCUUCUCCUUAUCCAAUCAGAUGUAUGUAUUGUUCGUGAGUGACAGCAAUACAACCAGCGUCUACAAGGGCUUCAAAGCGAACUUUGAGAUGGAUGGUAACCAUGGUAACCAUCGGUCCCAUGCUCCCUCCCAUGCAGUGCUGGUUUUGUACCUGGUGAAAGAUCACUGCAUAACUGCUACAAUUUGUACGAAAGAAUUUGUCAAUAAAGAGCGAGCUACUCUCGAACCUGGCUGGAAAUAUGAGAUUAAAAGUCCUGGUUUUCCAAGCAAUUACCAGCCCAACCAAACUUGUAUUUGGAAAGUAUUUUUCCCUGACUCUAUGGAGAAUCUGCGCAGUAGUUAUAGGAUGAUGUUGGUGUUCGACGCAUUGGAAAUAGAGCCUUGUACGAGCUGUGCUUGUGAUUGGUUGGCCUAUACUCACAGCAAAGUUUAUUUAACAACAACUAAUAGAACAUGCGGAUUGUAUUCCAAAAAUGCCAUUUCCACUCUCAAGGAAACUCGAUCAAGUAAAAUUCGCAUCUUCGCGGUUUCAUAUUACAAUGAAUUUUGGUUACGAUUUCAUUCAGAUGGUUCUUCCGAAUUCAAUGGUUUCAAAGGAACAAUAACGGUAGUGAAUAGAAAUGGAUACGAUAAAUGUUGGGAUUCCAACAACAUCAUCAACGAAACAAGCGGAAGUAUUUCCAGCCCCAAGUACACAUUAAAAUACAUGCCAAACCUGUUUAUGACGUGGUGCCUCGUUGUUCCUAAAGGAUAUCGAGUCAAACUCACCUUUAAGGCUUUUGAGCUGGAGAAAGAUCGUACCACUGAUGGCGACUGCCUCUUCGACUACGUAGAAAUAAGAGAUGGGAAGCUUGCGUGGUUCGGUGAGUUGCUUGGUCGGUUCUGUGGUAGCACGAUUCCAAAAGAUCCGAUCUUCUCCUUAUCCAAUCAGAUGUAUGUAUUGUUCGUGAGUGACAGCAGUUACGUCUACCAGGGCUUCAAAGCGAACUUUCAGAUGGAUGGUAACCAUCGCUUCAAUACAUCCUCCCAUACAGUUUCAGGUGAUAUUCAAGUCAAGCCUUCCUUCACAUAUUCUGCUUUAGUGAUGGUGGUUGUGAUCAUGAAGAAAGUCCUGUAAGACGUUUCAGUGUUCUAGGGACUCUAAGAGACAGUCAUGAUAUAGAUUAACUGUGGAAUAAAAUGCUAUGCCUGAAAUAUUAUUAGUUUAAAUAUAAGGACGACAAGUGAUGUCAUAAAAAAUGUAUAAGAAUCACUACUUUAUUUUAAAUUCAUUUUAUUUCAAAUCACUAUUUUAGAAAAUCCGUAUGUAUUAUUAGUAAAGCCGGUAAAUAUAUGACAAAGCAAAGAUGUGUACCCUGUGAGGCAAGAGAGCCUUUCUAAG